UUCUCUUAAAACAAGUUUAACAUAUCAUCAUACAGUAAAAUUUAAGAUUAUUCAAUACUAUUUAAAAUUUUGAAACAUGUAUAUUCAGUUUCUCUAUUUUUUAUACGCAUUUUUAGCCAAUAUAUUUGCAAUAUAUUUAAUUUUUAAUUAUUAUUUUAAUAUAUUUUUGGAUAAAUUCAUCCAAAAUGAAUUAUCAACUAGAUAUUUCGAUUAUAUUAUUGUGGGAGGUGGUACUGCUGGAAUUAUUGUUGCAACACGUUUAGCUGAAAACAAAGCUCACUCUGUACUCCUAAUAGAAGCUGGACCAAGAGUAUCCUCAAUCCAUGAUAUCCCAUUAGCUACAUCAAUGUUCCAAAAAUCAGUAAUUGACUGGAAGCAUAGCACAGUAUCACAAAAAGAAGCAUGUUUAGCAAUGAAUAAUAAGUCCAGUCAGUGGCCAACUGGUAAAGUACUUGGUGGUACUAGUCGCUUAAAUUUUAAUAUCCAUUUAAGAGGUCAUGUUUCUACUGAUUACUUAACUUGGCAAUCGGGAUAUGAAUGGUCCCAAGAUGAUGUUUUAUAUUACUUUAAAAAAUAUGAAAAAGCUGAUAAAUAUUUUGGAUCACCAAAAAAAAGACAAAAAUUCUUUAGUCAGAAACCAUCUCACACAACUUCAGUUGCAACCAGUAUUCUUGAAGCAGCUAAAGAGUUAGGUUACACUACUUCUUUAGACAUGAACUCUGAUAAUUUUUAUUUAUCUGAGAAUGUCAAUGGUUGUUUUUCUCUUACUCCAGUAGCAACAGAACACGGCUCUAGAUUGAGUUCUGAACAUCUGUAUUUAAAGAAUAAAGUACAAAAUAAUUUAAUUGUUCUUACUAAUGCUGAAGUAAAAAAGAUAUUAUUCAAAAGUAAUUAUGAAGCACAGGGUGUAAUAUAUACCAAAUAUGGUCAUUCAUUCAAAGUAUUGGCUUCAAAAUCAGUAGUAAUUUCAGCAGGAACAUUAAAUACUCCAAAAAUUCUAUUAAAUAGUGGUAUAGGACCAGUUAAUCAACUUAAAACAUUAAAGAUACCUCCAGUUAUUGAUUUACCAGUUGGAGAAAAUUUACAGGAUCAUGUUAUUACAGGAAUGGAUAUGAUUAUUUUAGAACAAUCAUUAGGAAUGUCAUUUAUUGAUUUAAUUUCUCCUAUAAAUAUGUAUAAAUACAUUUUUAAGGGCAAAGGAAUUUGGACCCAUCCUGGAUGUGAAGUAGUAGGUUUAAUGCGUUUACCAAAUAAAGAAAAUAAAACUGAACAUCAAAUUCUAUCAUCACCUGAGUUACAGCUUAUGUUAUUACCUUUUGGUUUAACAUCUGAUGCAGGAUCUAUGUACUUUAGUAAUUUAAAUUUAAAAUUUAAAUUAUGGAAAGAGUAUUUUGAACCCCUAGUGGGAAAACAAGUUAUAACACUAGGUCCAGUGUUAUUACAUCCAAAAAGUUUGGGACAUGUUAGACUGAACUCAGAUCGAAAUAUUAUUAUUGAACCAAAUUAUUUGCAAAAUAAAGAAGAUGUGCGUGUGUUAGUUGAAGGCAUGAAACUUGUACAAAAAAUAACAGAAACUGAUGCGUUAUCACAAUUUGGAGCAAAAUUUAACAAAAAAAAAUUUCCUGGUUGUGACAAGUAUAAUUUUGGGUCGGAACAUUAUUGGGAAUGUUAUGUAAGACAUAUGACAUUUACUUGCCAUCAUCCAGUAGGUACAUGUAAAAUGGGGUAUAACAAUAAAAAAAGUGUUGUGGAUCAUUCUUUAAGGGUUCAUAAUUUAAAUAAAUUAUAUAUAAUUGAUGCAUCGAUUAUGCCUUCAAUGCCAAGUGGAAACACAAAUUCUGUAGUAGCAAUGAUUGCCGAAAAAGGGGCAGAUCUCAUAAAACAACAUAAUUUUGAAAAUAAUAAAAAAUGUGAAAAUUAUUCUUUUUUUAUUAAUUAUUAUAAUUUUUAGUCAUAACUUACCAUAUAUUAAAUUUAAAAAUGGUGUCAUUGUUCAAAUGUUUUGAGUAAUUUAUCACGUUUUUUAUGUCGCCAACUAGUUGUAUGGAUAUUUGACCGUCUAGAUGUUUUUUGUAAGCUACUAAAUGCAAUAGGUUGAUCUGCUUCAUAAACCCAAUUUGGAAUAUUGGAAUAUUCAGUCCGUGGAAAAACAAAACAUGAGGUAUAGUACUUAGUAAAUGUAAUCUCAUUAGACAAACAUUGCAUAGCUGUCCAAGUAUGAUAUACCAGCAAUGGAAAUUUAACAGUCCAAUAUUCCAAAAAACUAUCAGGAACAUCUCCUAAUAAUCUUUGUGUUUCCUGAGACAACUCGCGGAAAUGAUGUUUCUAAAAUUAAAAUAAUUAAAAAUUAAGAUUAGCAAUUUGAUGGCUUCAAAUUUAAAAAUUAAAAAAAAAAGAAUAAUUCAUCAUUUUGAUAACCAAUUUUAAAUGUAUUCUGUUACAAUUGUAUUUUUUAAGGAAAAAAGGAAUAAAUCAUAAGAUAAAAUAUAAUUUUUUUUAAUAAAUAUGUGUAAAUUAAUUUCCUACUUUAUUUCGAAAAGCUCUUAAUAAAUCUCUUAUACUGGUUCCUCUAUAUGUUCUAUAUUUUCUAAGUUCUGAGGUUAUUUCUUCAUCUAUUUUAUCAUGCCAUCCAUCUCUUCCUAUAACUCCAUCACCACCUUUUUCUAGCUCUAACAUAAUCGGACUGGUAACAUGUUCUUUUUCCACUCUAUCACUAACAUCCUG